UUUUAAAUUUUUAUCAAAAAAAAAAAAAGUUCAAAGAAAUACACAAAAAUGUCUCCCAAAUACGUUUUGAAUUAUUUCAAUAUUCAAGGAAAAGGUGAAGUAGCUAGACUUUUGUUUCAUUUCAAAGGUGUGGAGUUCACAGAUAAUCAAAUUAACUUUCAAGAUUGGCCUUCACAGAAAAGCGAUCAAUCCAGGUUUCCUUUGGGACAAAUGCCAACAUUAGAAAUUGAUGGACAUACUGUUUGUCAGUCUGCAGCUAUAAACUCAUACUUGGCAGAAACAUUUGGUCUUAAUGGAGCUAAUGCUUCUGAAAGAUUGGUCAUUAAUCAAGUAUGUGAGACUCUAAAUGAUUUCUGGAAUGAUUACAUUGAAGUUUGGAAAAACAAAACGUUGGAUAGUGAUCAAAAAAAUGCAGCUUUUGCAGAACUUCUUGUAAAAGAAACAACUAAAUUAAAACUAUCUUUUCUUGAGAGCUUGCUCAAGCGUAACCAUGAUGGUCAUGGUUAUUUUGUUGGUGAUUCAAUUACCCUUGGAGAUUUGGUAUUCUUCCACACUACUGGAAUGGUUGACAAGUCAUUGUUAAACGAUUUUCCAUUGCUAACAGAGCUAAAUAAUCGAGUUAGGCAUAGCGCUGAGCUUAAGUCUUAUUUGGAUAACCGUACACAUCCUCCUAUGCCCUAAAAUUUUACAAAGAAUUUUUUAAUUUAUUUUUUGAUAAUAAAUAUUUGACAUUU